AUGCAUAUCAUUACUUGCAUUUUAACACCAUCUCAAGACUAUUUUGCUGUGGAUAUCAUGAAAAUACAAGUUCUAGUUCUAGUGUCAUAUUAUUUACUGCUUGCUUCAAUAGGUUUUGAAGUUUAUGCGAAGGACUAUGACUACAGUUAUACGGCCGAGUGUUUAGAAAGCCCUCUUAAACCUCAAUAUAAUGGAGGAAUAGUGGUAAAUCCAGAAUUUAAUGACGGAUUAACUGGAUGGACCCUUUCCGGGGAUGCUAAAAUUGAACACAACGUUGCAAAUGAUGGAAAUAAAUUCAUCGUCGCCUCAAAGAGAAAAGGACCAUAUCAUGGUUUCUCACAAGAGUUUCAAUUGGAAAAAGACAAGUUCUAUGUGAUUUCUGGUACUACUCUCAACAAUUAUAAGCGUGAAUUGUAUAUACAUAUCUUAUAUAUUCGUCUGAUUAAUUUUUAUCUAGGAUGGGUACAAGUGAAUCAUGGCGAUGAUGCCAAUGUAGCAGUUAUAUUCAAGACGCAAAGUGGUUAUCAACAUGCUGCUUGGGGGAUUGCUAAAUGUGGUUGUUGGUCUAUGUUUAAGGGUGGUUUAGUUGUCAAUGCAUCUGGUCCUGCUCAACUCUAUUUUGAGACCAAUAAUACGGAAAUUGACAUAUGGGUAGACAGUAUUUCAGUACAAUCAUUUAGCCAAGAAGAGUGGACGUCUCAUCAAACUCAAACCAUUGAAAAGGUACGCAAAAGCAAAGUGGCAAUUCAAUCAGUGGACUCGCAAGGCAAGGCUUUACCUAAUGCGACAAUCUCUUUGAUACAAGGAAGAGCCAAUUUCCCAUUUGGUUGUGCAAUCAACAAAAACAUUCUCAACAACAAUGCUUAUCAAAAUUGGUUCUUCUCGAGAUUCAAGUACACGGUAUUUGAAGAUGAAAUGAAAUGGUACAGUAAUGAAAAUACUCAAGGCAAAGUAGACUACUCAACUUCUGAUGCAAUGGUCAAUUUAUGCAAGAGCAAAGGUGUUAGUAUCCGAGGCCAAAGUGUUCUUUGGGACGACCAAAAAUUUCAGCCAAAUUGGGUCCCUGCAUUGUCUCCACAACAACUCUCUGUUGCUGCUGGAAAAAGGGUUGCAUCCGUUGUUAGGAAAUAUAAAGGCCAACUUCUUCAUUGGGAUGUUAUGAAUGAAAAUCUUCACUUCAAAUUCUUCGAGAGUAAACUUGGUCCAAGUGCAUCUGCUACCUUUUAUCAUCUGGCUUCACAAUUUGAUAACAAAACACCUCUGUUUUUGAACGAUUAUAAUACCAUAGAAGUGCCAAGUGACGGACAAUCAUCACCAGCUAAUUAUCUUAAUAUGAUAAAACAAGUGAGAACAGGAGGAUACACAGGCACUCUUGGAAUUGGAUUAGAAGGACAUUUUGGCGCUCCGUCCAUACCUUAUAUCAGGGCCGGACUCGAUACACUAGCUUCUGCAAAAUUGCCCAUGUGGAUCACUGAGUUGGAUGUUAGACCAGAGCAAAAUCAGGCACAAGUGUUAGAUCAAGUUAUAAAGGAGAUAGUUGGACACCCAGCAGUUCAAGGAUUAAUAAUUUGGUCAGCAUGGAAACCAAAAGGAUGUUUCAGAAUGUGUUUAACUGAUAACAAUUUCAAAAAUCUACCCACUGGUGAUGUUGUGGACAAAGCUCGUGCAACUUUAUCACAUGAGGGUUUGAUUGGGACUACAAAUGCCGAGGGUUAUUUCGAGACUUCAUUAUUCCAUGGAGAUUAUAAACCCAUUAUUACUCAUACUUCCAUGCCUGAUUCGUUCUUUCACCAUAAUUUGACAGUUACGCCCACAGCUGAAAGUGAUGAGAAAUUAUUACAAAGUUACCGCUGCAUAAGACUAUAAAAGACCAUAGGGAGUAUAUGUAUAGUAAAUCUAUAAAUAAUCUUAUGAAUACAAAAGUUGAAUGAAAGAACAACUCUUUUUUUUAUUA